AUGGUAGAUAAUGAUCCUGUAAGAUUUUCUAAUACCAUUACAAAAUUAAGUUUUGAACAGAAGAAGUAUAUUUUAUGUUUGGGUCCUUGUCAACCAACUACUCAGCAGAUGCCACUCCGACAAUUACCAAGAACAAACAAAUACAGUUUCCGUGCUCAAUGGUACACUAAAACUUUGCCUAAUGGGUCAAUGGGAUUCCGUAAAUGGUUAUCGUAUUCAAUAUCAGCUGAUAAAAUAUUUUGCAUUUAUUGUAUGUUGUUUGGUAAAUCUCCUAAGAAGGCAUGGACUAUUGAUGGUACUUCUCGUUGGAAAGAUGGUAACCAUUUAUUAACUUCCCAUGAAACUUCAACUAUACACAUAGCCGCCUCAAUUGAUGCUACUAUACAUGAACAUUGUUCACCAUUAUUACCAGCGUUAGAAGAAAAAAAGAAAAUGGAGGUUCAAACCAACAGAGUAGUUGUAAAACAACUAAUAGAUAUUUCGCUAUUUUUAGCUAAACAUGGACUUGCAUUUAGAGGUCAUAAAGAAAAGUGGACGGAUUCUAUUCGUGGAAACUUUAAAGAUAUGGUUUAUUUAUUAGCUGAAUAUUCACCUGUAUUAUCGUCUUACAUUACUUGUUUAAAAAAGAAGGGGAAAUCUGUUACAUCUUUAAUAUCCUGGCAACGACAAAACCAGUUAAUCGAUGCUAUUUCAAAUUCAAUUUUCAAUUCAAUCACACAAAAAGUUGAAACUGCUUGUGUUUUCAGCAUAUCUAUUGAUACAACAUUUGACAUCUCAAGACAAGAACAAGUUUCUUUCAUAGUGCGUUUUGUUGAUGAAAGUAAUGGUAUGAUAUAUGAACGUUUACUCGCAAUGUGUUCUACUGCCUCUACUAAAAGUGAAACACUAUUUAAUAUUUUCCUUAAUGUUUUCAAUAAAACCAAUCUUAAUUGGAAAAAAAACCUAAUAGGUCAAUCAUAUGACGGUGCCGCCAAUAUGAGGGGUGAGUACAAUAGUUUACAGGCAAAAGUAAAAAGUGAAAAUCCUCAUGCAGUUUAUAUUUGGUGUUGGGCUCACCGUUUAAAUUUGGUUGUUGAACAAGGUGUUGCAAGUUGCCUUGAAGCAGUUGAUUUUUUUGGAAUUUUAGGAAGAGUUUUUGACUUUGUAUGUAGCAGUAAAAACCGUGUAUUCCUUUUUGAACAAAAUCAAAAAAUCCGAAACCCUAAUUUGCCGGUUCGUCGUUUGAAACGUGUAACUACUACUAGGUGGAGUAGCCAUUCUACAGCUCUUAAUACAGUUUUACUGACUUGGGCAUCCUUAGUUGAUACACUGGAAGAUCUUUGGAAAUCAGAAGCUUCAUCAGAUGCAUCGUCAUUUCUUUCAUAUUUUCAAUCUGAAAGAUUUCUUUAUACAUGUUUUUUAUUUAAAAAAAUAUUUUCUGUACUAGAUCCAUUAAGCAAAACAUUUCAAGCGAUUGAUAUAGAUCUUAUCACUGCAUCAUCAAUGAUAACAUCAAAAAUAGGUCAAUUAUUAAAUAUUCGCAAUGAAUUUAAUUCAAUUGUCAUCGAAGUGAAGCAAUUUAUUCAAAAUCAUCUGGAUGAAAAUUUUACUCCGUUACCACAAAAACGGUCAAGAAAAAGAAAAAUAAUGUCCGGGGAGAAAGCAACCGAUGAACCAACAUCUGACCCUCUGACUAAUUUUAAAUAUCACACUUUUUACACGGUGCUUGAUAUCAUAUGCAGUCAGAUUGAUCAGAAAUUUAACAAUGACACUAUAUCUAUUUUUAAAGAUUUAUCCCUUCUUACAAAAAAAAGAAUUUUAGAAAUAAAAAUGGAUACUAACAAAAUACCUUGUGAUGCAUUUGAAGGCAUAGCGUCGAUAUAUUCAACAUUUUUAAAUGCAGAAGCAUUAAAUACAGAAUAUUUAUGGCUUAUUGAUUGUUUUUCAAAUUUAGAAAAAACAAUAAAUUUAACUAAAUAUCUUCAUAAGGAUGAGGAUAAUGAAUCAACCAAUUCUUCAGAUUUUGAAUCGCACAUUUCCGAGUCUGAUGAAGAAUUAAUUUCUCAAUGUCCCAUCGAAGAAUGUACAAACAGCAGUUCCCUUAUAUAUAUUAUGUUUAAAUUAUUUUGCAGCUCAAAUAUAAGGUUUACACUGCCUAAUAUUUAUAUGUUAUUAAAAAUCGCUGUGACGCUACCUGUGUCCAGUGCUUCUACUGAACGUAGUUUCUCGAUCUUAAAAUUAUAA